ACUGUCAAAUUAUGGCAUUUGUGUUGUGGCAGCACUGCCAAUAUCCGGCCACCAUCUUUUUGCUUUUGGUUUCUCACGAUGCCACCAAAGAAGGACGCGAAAUCGUCGGCUAAACAGCCACAAAAGACACAGAAGAAGAAGGAGGGUAGCGGUGGCGGAAAAGCCAAGAAGAAGAAGUGGUCAAAAGGCAAAGUCAGGGACAAGUUAAACAAUCAAAUUUUGUUUGACAAAGCCACUUAUGAAAAACUUUACAAGGAGGUGCCACAAUACAAGCUUAUCACGCCUUCAGUGGUAUCGGAACGUUUGAAGAUUCGUGGCUCUCUCGCCAAAAGGGCGUUGGUGGAAUUACGUGAUAAAGGCAAGUAA